UCUUCCCUAGACGGGUUGAGAGGAUAUGCUGCAUUUGCAGUCAUGAACUACCACAUCUUCUACGCCUACCAAAACAUCGUGUUCUACGGCUACGGCCUACCCCAAGAAGCCCUCACCAGCUCCUGUGCACGACCAGACGAAUCCCCGGCUACAACUAACUGGAUCAUCCAACUACCCAUCCUCCGACUCCCCAUCACCGGAACAUGGGCCAUUUCAAUCUUCUACGUCCUCUCCGGUUUCGCUCUAUCCUACAAGCCCCUAAGAGAAUCCCGAGACCCCUCUCAAGGCUUCACCAAAAGCACCGCGGUAGUAGCAUCCAGCUUUCUCCGCCGACCCAUCCGACUCUUCGGCCCACCUAUCCUCGCCACCUUCAUCACCAUGCUCGGCCUGCAACUCGGCGCCUUCAUCACCUCCCAAGCCAUCGCCAAAACCUCACCCUGGGUCCCCAUCAUCAAAGAAAACCUAGCAUCUCCUCUCCCAACCUUCACCGCCCAACUCGCAGACUGGACGCACCAAACCUGGCGAAUGCUCUUCGUCUUCUGGUGGGGCGACAUCUACAACCACUACGACGUGCACCUCUGGACCAUCCCGGCUGAAUUUCGUUCCUCGCUCGCCAUCUUCCUCUUCCUGCCCAUGUACAUCACCAUCAAACCCUGGAUCCGUCGACCCCUGACCGUCCUGAUUAUCAUCUACAUCUACGCCCUAGAUCGCUGGGACGUAGCCUUAUUCUACUCGGGCCUUCUACUCGCAGAUACAACCAUCGACACACAUACCAACCACGACACGAAACCCCCUACCCUCCCCAACAGGACCAUCUCCAUCCUCCUCCGCCUCACCCUCCUCAUCACAAGUCUCCACCUCCUCUCCGCCCCCGACUUCUGCAUCUCCCAAACCCCCGGCUUCCAACUCCUAAGCUAUCUCAUCCCACCCUCCGAUCCCGCCCCGUUUCGAUUCCUGCCCAACCUCGGCGGGAUUAUUCUCAUUAGUCUGAUUACGCAUACUUCCCCCGAGAACCGAGUUAUAUCCACCAUCUUGAAUGGAUCUAUCCCGCAGUACCUCGGUCGGAUUAGUUAUAGUUUGUAUAUUGUGCAUGGACCGUUGAUGCAUUUACUUGGGUAUCGCUUGUUCAAGGCGUUCUGGAUGGUGACGGGCGUGGAGGAGGUGUGGAGGUAUGUGGUUGGGUUUGGGGGAGCGUAUGUGGUUUUCGUGGGGGUGGUGGUUUGGAUUGCGGAUUUGUUUUGGAGCGGGGUGGAUAGGGGGUUUGUGGCUUUGGCGAGGAGGGUUGAGAGUCUUGUUAUUGUU